AUGGCCACUCCAAUCAAAGCAGCAACCCCAACAAAAGGGGCCACUCCAGCCAAAGGCACGACCGCCUUCACCCAGCGCGAGCUCGAGCUGCUCUCCAAAGCCUUCACCUGCAUGAAGGGAGACGUCGCCAUCGACUACCCCAAAUUCGCCCUCGCCACCGGUCUUGCAAACCCCAACUCGGCCAAAGCUUCCUGGCACAGCCUCAAGAAGAAGAUCGACAAGAUGAGUGGUGACAGCCAGUCAGAUGCAGGAGACGGUACUCCCAAGAAGCGCAAGGCGGACAGUGACGAUGCGGACGGAAAUGGAGAAGAGGCCGCUACUCCGGUCAAGAAGAAGGCUCGCACCCCGGCCAAGGCCAAAGCCAAGGCGACUCCGAAGAUGACUGAGGGCGACGACGAUAGCGGUGCGGCCGGGGUGAAGGCCGAGAAGAACGACGAGGAUGGUGGCGAGCUCGCUGUGGCUGCUCCAGCCGUCGCUACGCCAAAGGCUCGCAAGCGCGCCCCAGCGAAGGCCAAGGCGACUCCGAAGGUGGCUGAGAGCGAUGGCGUCGGCGCUGCCGCCGGAGGUGAAGGCCGAGAAGGACAUCGAGGAUGGCAAUAA